ACCUGGGGCUCUACAAAUUCGAUUCCCCCUUCUUCUCUGGCCAGAGGCCUCUACUGUUCCUCCUACGGACCUUCCUUCUCAAGGUGGAUCACAACAUGACGGACCUAGCGAUUCUGAAUCAGAUAAUCUCUCAGGCAUUAACUUGAAUCCCGCCAAUCUCAGAACCCAGCUACAAUCAGAGAUAGGUCGGUUUGUGCGCGCGCCAAAUAAUACCCAGAGUAACUAUAUGGUGCCUAAUAAUACAGAAGCCGUCUCGGACUCGUCACUCAGCGCCCCCCCAAAUAUUCAGAAAAGGAAGUCCAAACCAUCCGAUGAUUCUAGAAAGUCCAAAAAGAAGUCCAAGAAAUCUAAAAAGUCUAAGAAGACUACUGUUGUUUCUUCUGAAUCAUCUUCUUCUAGCAGUACCUCUUCCUCUUCAUCUGAUGAAGAUGAUGAUAAUCCGGCUAGCAACUGCUCUCCAGAAUAAAGCUAAGUUUAAUUCCAUGUCUCUGGAAAACAUCAUGGCUCUUGCUCAGUUUGAUAGGGAAAAUGCUAAAUCUGUUGAUAGUGACUUGUCCUCUUCUUUGACCAGGGACAAGAAACCCCCCCUAAUCAAGUUUAAAAAAGAAAAAGAUGAUGGUUUCAAAAACCUCCACUCUGCUAGGUUUCAAAGAUAUCCUCUGGCUGACAUCAAAGACUGGUAUAAGAAAGUUCCUAGGGUCCGUAGCCACCAAUUUAAGAGCCUUCCACUACAAUACAGCGGAUCUCACAACAAGGUUACUCAACGUACUAUUCAACUAAUGCAUGACCGAACCAAGUGUCUCUCCUUCAAACACUUCCACUCCGGUAAUAUUAACGUCAGCUCCAAACCUAUCCAAAAAAUUGAGAAAAGGGAUGAAAAUGGAGUCUUCUCGUCUCUGGAUUUCAACUGGGAGGCCCCUGUUAACUUGGCUCAAGUCUCUGAUGCCCUCCUGAAUUAUGCCACCCUACUACUCCAUAUUUGGCCUUACGAUCAGACUGGACUAAUUAUCCUCAGAAUGAUCAACAAAUACAACUACUUCUCCUGUGCUACUUCUUUGUCUGAAAGAGUUUCCCUAGUGUCUACUUUCUUUAAUACAGUCCUGCGUGAGAACUCCACCAGAGCUGGGCGCAAAGGCACUCCUAUGAGCUUUACUGAGCAGGAAGAAACUCUGAAGACCCUACUCACUUCUUCAGGCUACAGCACCAAUGUCCCUGCUGGCAGAAAUCCUAGACCUGACUCGGAUAAAUUCAAGUUCAACCCUGCCCCUAGGCAUCAGUUCAACUCCUCCAAUAACUCUAGCAACAGUCACAGCAAGAUCGUCAUGGUAGGCCCGAAUCCGAUCUGCUUCAACUACAAUAAUGGUUUCUGUAGAAAUGCUGGCACUGCUACAGGUUGCAAAGAUUUAAAGAACAAGAUGUAUGUUCACCAGUGUAACAAAUGGUUGGAUGCCAAACAGGCUUACUGUUUUGCCAAACACUCCCGUGCUGCGUUUCACCCUUAACAUCUUUAAUUCUGUCAGUAUACAGCUCCUGAUUGCUUUCAAUAAUUAAAAUUUAAU